AUGCUAAGGAAUUUUAUAAAAAUAAAUUUAUUAUUUAUUUUUAUUAUAACAAAAAAUGAUGGAAUGGACCCUGAAAAGGAUACUAUCGAGUAUUUUUUGAGGAGAAGUGGAGCUUUUGGCACAACAAAUAGUUUGAUACAGGAGGAUAUACAAAACAAUCCUAAUGUCGAAAUCAACUCAUCAACCCCAAUUCAAGCAAAUCCUUUCCAUCCCUUCUAUAACCAAAACAUUCAACCCCCUCAAUUUAAUCCAAAUUUCCAUCAACAAAAUAUGUUUUCCCCAUCCUCUACAAAUCAAUUCCCUUAUUCCUCAAAUUUUCAAUAUUUUGGUGGACAUUACCCAAACAAUCAACAUUUUAUUCCAAACCAUCCCUCUAUCUAUUCCGGUGAUUCCUCACAUUCUGGCACAGUUCAAAACCUUCCAGAAAACUUUCAAGUUAAUCAAGGCUUUCCUUCUGUUUAUAAUACAAAUUUACUUCCAACCCAACAAGCAUCAUCGUCUUCUUUUAAUAAUAUAAUUGAAGGGACUACUAAAUCUGGAAAAAGACGUGACCAACAAAGAUUUCGUGAUCAAGAAAAAGAAGAUAUUAAUUCAAUUAAAGAUGCGUGUAACAACAAUACCUUAAUCGAAUUGCCAACAAAUUUUGGUGAUUAUUGGUAUUUUUUGAAGAAUAGAAUAUACAAAAAUUUUAAAUAUCAGUCUUGUUAUAAUGGCUCUCGCAGUUCCGCUUAUUACAGAUGCAAAGAUUGUAGAGGAGCAUUGAGUUAUAAAGAAGGAUUUGAAAUUAAAGAAAAUCAAAAACAUUCUUGUGUUGAAAUUGGUAAUUAA